AUGAUCCAGGGGACCCAGAAGCCUGCAGUCGCUGUACAGUCUGGCUCGCACGGCCUUCUGGGUGUUGUAGUUCCUCAGAGCAGCGAGCGGCCUGCGUAUUCCAACGCGCAGGCGCAGUCCGCGCCGGCCUGGGCGCUUGAUCCCGUCUGCGGCAGGGCCGGCGAGGGGGCAAAAGCUGGCAGCCUCAAGAAGAAGUGGAAAUGCAAGGACUGUGGGAAGGCCUUCAGCUACUGCUCCUCAAUCAUCUUGCACCAAAGAAUCCACACCGGGGAGAAGCCGUUUGCGUGCCCCGAGUGCGGCAUGACCUUCAGACAGAGUGUACACCUGACCCUGCACCAGCGCACGCACACAGGCGAGCGGCCCUACAAGUGCAGUGAGUGCAGCAAGGCCUUCAGCAACCGUUCCCACCUGAUCCGUCACCACAUCAUUCAUACUGGGGAGAAGCCCUACAAGUGCAGCGAGUGCGGCAAGGCCUUCAGCCGGGGCUCCUCCCUCACGCGGCAUCAGCGCACGCACACAGGCGAGCGGCCCUACACCUGCCAUGAGUGCGGCGAGGCCUUCAGCAGCCGCUCCCACCUGCUCCAGCACCACAUCAUUCAUACUGGGGAGAAGCCCUACAAGUGCAGUGCCUGUGGCAAGGCCUUCAGCCGAGGCUCGUCCCUCACGCGACAUCAGGGCACGCACACGGGCGAGCGGCCCUACGUGUGCCGGGACUGUGGCAAGCGCUUCAGCAACCGCUCACACCUCAUCCAGCACCACAUCAUACAUACCGGGGAGAGUCCCUACAAGUGCCUGCAGUGCGGGGCCACCUUCAGUUACGUGUCGUCCCUCAUAGAUCACCAGAAGAUCCACACCACAGAGCGGCCCUACAAGUGCAGCGAGUGCGGCAAGGCCUUCAUUCAGGGCUCGUCCCUCACGCUGCAUCAGCGCACGCACACAGGGGAGCGGCCCUACACCUGCCAUGAGUGCGGCAAGUCCUUCAGCAACCGCUCCUACCUGAUCCGGCACCACAUCAUUCAUACCGGGGAAAAGCCCUACGAUUGCAGUAGCUGCGGCAAGGCCUUCAGCCGGGCCUCUACCCUCGCACAGCAUCAGCGCACGCACAGAGGCGAGCAGCCCUACACCUGCCAAGGUGAGCGGCGCUACACCUGCCAAGAGUGUGGCAAGGCCUUCUUCUGGGGCUCGUCCCUCAUGCGGCAUCAGCGAACGCACACAGGCGAGCGGCCCUACAAGUGCAGCGAGUGUGGCAAGGCCUUCAUCGAGGGCUCAUCCCUCACACGGCAUCAGCGCACGCACACUGGCGAGCGGCCCUACACCUGCCAGGAGUGCGGUCAUGCGUUCAGCAGCCGCUCCCUCCUGAACCAGCACCGCAUCAUUCAUACUGGGGAGAAGCCCUAUAAGUGCAGUGCCUGCGGCAAGGCCUUCAGCUGGGGCUGGUCCCUCACGCUGCAUCAGCGCACGCACACGGGCGAGCGGCCCUACACCUGCCAUGAGUGUGGCAAGGCCUUCAGCAGUCGCUCCCACUUGAACCAGCACCACAUCAUUCAUACCCGGGAGAAGCCCUACGAGUGCAGUGCCUGCGGCAAGGCCUUCAGCUAUUCCUCAACCCUCAUCCGACACCAGAGGACACACGCAGACAAGAAGCACUACUCGUGUGGCCAGUGUGGGGACACCUUUGCUCAGCUCCCACACCUGACUCAACACCUGGGCUCUCACAGGGAGGAGAAGCCUGGUCACNUUUCUUUUGCAUCUCACCUUUCUGGUCAAUUCUGUGGCUCCGAGUUGGGAGAAACCUGGAAACACCGUGGUGGGUUUGAGGACCCACAGGAAAACCAGGAUAGCUGUCUAAAGCCAGAAGCGAUGGCCCACAAGGGAGACCCUGCAGAGAACUGCAUCCAGGAACUCAAUGAACUCAGCCAAACCCCAAGAACCACAUUGAAUCCUGCUGCUACCCAAGCAGUGUUCCCUGGGGACAGCAGGCCCCAGAGGAGCUGCACGCCAAGGAAGAGCCCCAAGCAGAAGCAUGUGAAGGCCGGCGAGCUGGAGAAAGCUGGCAGCCACAAGAAGAGGUGGAAAUGCAAGGACUGUGGGAAGGCCUUCAGCUACUGCUCCUCAAUCAUCUUGCACCAAAGAAUCCACACUGGGGAGAAGCCGUUUGCGUGCCCCGAGUGCGGCAUGGCCUUCAGACAGAGUGUACACCUGACCCUGCACCAGCGCUCACACACAGGUGAGAAGCCCUAUGUGUGCGGCCAGUGCGCCAAGGCCUUCACACGGGUGUCCUACCUAACACAGCACCAGCGCAUGCACACGGGUGAGAGGCCCUACGCGUGCCGGGACUGUGGCAAGCGCUUCAGCAACCGCUCACACCUCAUCCAGCACCACAUCAUACACACUGGGGAGAGGCCCUACAAGUGCCUGCAGUGCGGGGCCACCUUCAGUUACGUGUCGUCCCUCAUAGAUCACCAGAAGAUCCACACCACAGAGCGGCCCUACAAGUGCAGCGAGUGCGGCAAGGCCUUCAUUCAGGGCUCGUCCCUCACGCUGCAUCAGCGCACGCACACAGGGGAGCGGCCCUACACCUGCCAUGAGUGCGGCAAGUCCUUCAGCAACCGCUCCUACCUGAUCCGGCACCACAUCAUUCAUACCGGGGAGAAGCCCUACGAUUGCAGUAGCUGCGGCAAGGCCUUCAGCCGGGCCUCUACCCUCGCACAGCAUCAGCGCACGCACAGAGGCGAGCAGCCCUACACCUGCCAAGGUGAGCGGCCCUACACCUGCCAAGAGUGCGGCAAGGCCUUCAUCCGAGGCUCGUCCCUCACGCGGCAUCAGCGAACACACACAGGCGAGCGGCCCUACAAGUGCAGCGAGUGUGGCAAGGCCUUCAUGGAGGGCUCGUCCCUCACGCGGCAUCAGCGCACGCACACUGGCGAGCGGCCCUACACCUGCCAGGAGUGCGGCGAGGCCUUCAGCAACCACUCCCAUCUGAUCCGGCACCACAUUAUUCAUACUGGGGAGAAGCCCUAUAAGUGCAGUGCCUGUGGCAAGGCCUUCAGCCGGGGCUGGUCCCUCACGCUGCAUCAGCGCACGCACACGGGCGAGCGGCCCUACACAUGUCACGAGUGUGGCAAGGCCUUCAGCAGCCGCUCCCACUUGAACCAGCACCACAUCAUUCAUACCCGGGAGAAGCCCUACGAGUGCAGUGCCUGUGGCAAGGCCUUCAGCUAUUCCUCAACCCUCAUCCGACACCAGAGGACACAUGCAGACAAGAAGCAGUACUCGAGUGGCCAGUGUGGGGACACCUCUGCUCAGCUCCCACACCUGACUCAACACCUGGGCUCUCACAGGGAGGAGAAGCCUGGUCACAGUGGUGACCUUGCAGAAACCUGUGUGGACCAGCAGAAGAGCUGAGGUGUACCGGGCCUGUUACAUACUAGGCAUUCCACUAGGCAUUUUUACGCCCCAUUCCCAACCUCAUGACACUAUGGUGGAGAUAUAGCAGAUGACUGUGUCAUCCCUAUGCUGCUUGUGAGGAAACCAAGGCUCAGAGAAGCUCAGUAACUUACCUGAGGUCACACAGCAAGGAAGACUCAAGGCUGGGGCUGGACCCAACACCUGCCAGACUCCCCUCCACUACCUCCCUGGUAUUAUAAAUGUGGCAUGGGUAAGUAGACCCACAAAAAUACCUGUGGGUCUCUGGCUGGCCUUCUAAUUAUUAAUUUUAUGAUUGAGUAGGCACUUGCUUAAUACAUUUAAUUGAAUAGAAAGGAAUAACAGGUUGCUGAAGUUGGCAUAUUUACUAAAGGAGCAGGGUCUGAAGAAGAAAUCUGGAUCUGCUAAGAUACAAACAGUGCCUAGAGAAAAUGAGCAGGAGAAAUCUAGAGCAGGAAGAGUUGUUCUAGAAGAAGGAAAUGCCUCUCCCCUGACACAUCUGCAAAGAAGGAUUUUUAGAGUGGAGCCAGUCAUUUUACAAUAUGAGGAAACACCACUGCCACCCCAGCUUUUUUUCCCCAAAAUCUAAAAAAACCUGACUAAUAGUUGCAUUAAAUAGCCCUUUCUGUGUUACAAAUCAUUCAGAA